AUGAUGGAGAGAAACGAGGCGACUCACAAUGCCGGAAAUGGGAAGGGACUAAUGCCCACCGACGGCGCCACCAGGACUGCCCGCGCCAGCCGCCACACUCUCACCCGCCCCGAUCUUCUCGCGGGCCCGGGCUUCAACGUCCAGAGAGGCCCCCGAAUGCCUCGGUCCAGGCGUUCGAGCCUUGAGGGCCUCGCUGUGCCCGGUGCGCACGUGCCGCCUCUCUCUGUCGCACGUGAACUUGAUCUUACGAAACUUGCAUAUCUUUUCAAGAAGCAGCUAAGGAACAGUGAUGUAGGCGUCCUUAGACGAAUGAUCCUUCCAAAGAGGGAAGCUGAGAUUCAUCUUCCUAUCCUUGAAUCCAAGGAAGGAAUUCCAAUUAGCAUGCUCGACAUGGAUGGAAUUCAUGAGUGGUGGUUCAAAUACAGAUACUGGCCGAACAACAGCAGCAGGAUGUACGUGCUCGAGUAUACGGGAGAAUUCGUCUAUACUCAUGGCUUGGUGACCGACGACUUCAUUCUCAUCUACCAGAACGUUGAAGAUGGAAGAUAUAUCAUAGAAGCAAGAAAGAAAGGGCAGGAUCUUGCACCGAGGAUAUUUGACAAUCUUGCGAUGAAUGAUGCAGCACCCGAGCUAGAGUUCCCGGAACUCCCUGUUCUAGAAGACACCGAGCUGGUGUUCGCGUAUGACAACGAUUUCUUGGACGACUCUCCCCUCGACUACAUGGGAGAGUCGAUCAACUUACCAAGCCUCGGAUCGGACUCGUCUUUUGAAGCCAUUGAAGACUACAAUCCUGACGACUUCAACUUCGGGUGGAGAGAGUAG